UCAUUUUAUCAUCCCCUCCACUUUUCAAUCGCGUUAAUUUGUUGCGACAAAGGAGGAGGAGAGGAAGAAGAAACAAACACCAUGGGAAGACUCAGAGCAAAAAGCGACUAUGAAGAUAUCAGAAACGCUCGCAUUUUAGAGAAUCAGGAGCGAUUGGCGUCGCUAGGGUUGAAGAAGACCGCAUCCGAACUUCGUUCUAUUAUUUCCUCUGCAAAAUCUGCGAAGAUCCAAGAGAGAAAAUGUCGCCACACACUUCCCCGGAUUUCUCUUCCUCUUCGUCGCUCUGAUCGAUUGAAGCAGAUUUCACUGGACUCCACUCCGGUGCAUGACCAGAUUUCUUACCGGAGAUCCAACAGAUUAAAAGGGAAGGUAGUUCAGAGUCUAAAAUUCGAGUCUAAAGAAGUGGGGGAAAAGAUUAAGAAGAGGCCUGCAAAUGCUCCUUUGGUGGAAAUUGAUGACUUCGACCAUCGGCUUUCGCCGGACGCUUCGGCACGGAGGUGCAAUAGUAAGGGACGGGGGAGUGUUUAUGAUCCUGUUUAUGGAAUUUGCUGCCAUUUCUGCAGGCAGAAGAAACUCUGUGGUGAAGAAGAUUGCAAGAGAUGUGGUAAUCUCGAUAUGGAUGAACCAUGUAUCGGGAAAACUGAUUGCUCCGUUUGCCAUUCCGCCAGUGGUGUGUUCUGCCGAGCUUGUCUGAAGGUCAGAUAUGGCGAAGAAAUGGAAGAAGUGAUUGAGAACAAGAAAUGGAUGUGCCCUCAUUGUGUGGAGAAGGAAGGAACCAACCCUUAUUGGAUAUGCAACAGUUCAUUGUGCUUGAAGAAGCGCAAGAUGGCUCCCACAGGGCUUGCCAUUUACAGAGCUCGAGAAAUGGGAUACGAAUCUGUUGCACAUCUGUUAAUGGAUGAGCUUAAGCGAGCAAACAGAUAAGCCUUUGUCUCUCUAUCUCUCGUACUUCUGAUCUAUUCUGAUUUCUAGUAAUAUAUCAGUAGUCUGUAUCAUAUAGUUCUCGCAAUCAUCGAACACAAAGCCCAUUAGAAUAUUUUCAACAUAGGGUCGUUGAAUUAUGGAUGCAGCUUUUAACGCUC